AAACCCUUAAUUUAAAUAUUUUUCUCCUAGAGUUGGGAGUUAUUUUCUCCUAGAAUUGGGAGUCAUUUUCAGAUCUCAUUGCUAUGGCGGAUCCGAGUGUCACUGAUCUCACGACGGCGUUGGGUGAGCGGUUAUCCUUGACUGCUGAUGAGGAGGUAACGCUGAACCUUGAUGAUGGUAGUGGUGUGGAUCCUGCGGGGGGUGGUUGGAGGGGAUGCCUUGUCGGUACUGUGUUGAUAAACAAACGGUACAACAUGGAAGCUAUGGAGAAUACACUUGCGGGUGCCUGGAGGCCGGUUAAAGGCAUCCACAUGCGAGUUUUAGGACAGAACCUCUUUGCGUUCUAUUUCUUCCACCCGGUUGAUAUGCAAAGGGUGCUGGCGGUAGGGCCAUGGCGUUUUGCAAACCAUGUCAUGGUACUAAAGGAGGCAAAGGAAGGGCGUCGGGUAGCUAGGGAGGAGUUGUAUGAAGUUCCCUUUUGGAUCCAGAUACAUGGGUUACCUCCAGAUCGAAUGACGACAAUAACAGGGAGGCGAGUAGGGGAGGCAUUGGGACGGCUGGUUGAGGUGGACGAUGGGGGUGGCAAUGCUUGGGGCGUGGAGUAUAUCCGAGUCAGAGUCUUUAUUGACUCUAGGAAGCCGCUAAGGCGCGGCAUGAAGCUCACACUGAGGGAAGGACCAAUCUGGGUUGCUUUUCAAUAUGAGCGAUUACCAAACUUUUGUUUUUGCUGCGGUAUGUUAGAUCAUAUCGAGAGGGAUUGUGAAUUGGGUUUGGAGAUGGAGAAGAUGGGUAUAGCAGAACGCCCUUACAACGAGAAGUUACGGGCCAUACCAAAGCACCUGCAGCAGACGAGUGAAGCAGGGGGUGCACGGUGGCUACGGGACUCCUCUGGAAAUCGUGUCGCAGCGAAGGCAAGGUGGCGACGCCCGAUUCCCCGAUUAGGAAGUUCCUCGAAUAUGGAAAUCGGUGGCCUUGAGGCAGAUUCUAAUCAACGUGAUUGGGGGCGUGAUGGUCUGGAUUCAUCGCAAAAUCAGGAUGAGAUUGUUCCUUUUUGCGGAAUAGAGCAACAGAAAGUAUCCGUUGCACAGCAGCCUAUCUUACAAGUCCAAGAUUCUAGGCGCGGGAAAGGCGGUGCGAAGGAUUCUGUUUCCAUAAGUGUGGGGGUUCCAGUGGAAGUCGGCCCAUUUUAGGCCCAGUCCUCCAGUAUUUCAAACC